ACUCUCUCCGUCCUGGCCCCGCCCAGCCUGUCACGCGGCGCCGCCGGAAGGCAGGCCCGCGCAUUUUCUCGGUUUUAGCCGGUAUCCCGGCUCCUCAGUGCCGGACAUGGUUGCCAUGGCGGCGGUUGCCGCGGCGACAAAGUGGUGGAGGCUGCUGCUGGUGCUGAGCGCCGCGGGGCUGGGGGCCGUGGGCGCCCCGCAGCCCCCCAACAUCGUGCUCAUGCUCAUGGACGACAUGGGCUGGGGUGACCUGGGGGUGAAUGGAGAACCUUCCAGAGAGACCCCAAAUUUGGACCGAAUGGCCGCAGAAGGCAUGCUGUUCCCCAGCUUCUACUCAGCCAACCCCCUGUGCUCACCAUCCAGAGCAGCUCUACUCACAGGACGCCUGCCCAUUCGCAACGGCUUCUACACCACCAAUGGGCACGCCCGGAACGGUACACCCUCCCGCAAGGGGCCCCUGUUGGCGGGGCAGCCGGUGUUGGGGCAUGGAUGAAACAUACACACCCCAGGACAUUGUGGGGGGCAUCCCAGACUCAGAGCACCUCCUGCCUGAGCUCCUGAAGAAGGCCAACUAUGCCACCAAGAUUGUCGGCAAGUGGCACCUGGGCCACAGGCCCCAGUUCCACCCCCUGAAGCACGGCUUUGACGAGUGGUUUGGAUCCCCCAACUGUCACUUUGGACCUUACGACAACAGGGCCAAGCCCAACAUCCCCGUGUACAGGGACUGGGAGAUGGUCGGCAGAUUUUAUGAAGAAUUCCCAAUUAACCUGAAGACCGGGGAAGCCAACCUCACUCAGAUCUACCUGCAGGAAGCCCUGGACUUCAUCAAGAGGCAGCAGUCCCAACAGCGCCCCUUCUUCCUCUACUGGGCCAUUGAUGCCACGCACGCACCUGUCUAUGCCUCCAAGCCUUUCCUGGGGACCAGUCAGAGAGGGCGGUAUGGGGAUGCCGUACGGGAGGUUGAUGACAGCGUUGGGCAGCUCUUGCAACUGCUCCGGGGCUUGGGCAUCGCAGAGCACACUUUCAUUUUUUUCACGUCGGACAACGGUGCUGCCCUCGUGUCUGCCCCCAAAGAAGCUGGCAGUAACGGCCCCUUUCUGUGUGGGAAGCAGACCACCUUCGAAGGGGGUGUGCGGGAGCCAGCGAUCGCAUGGUGGCCUGGGCACAUCCCUGCAGGACAGGUGAGCCACCAGCUGGGCAGCCUGAUGGACCUCUUCACCACCAGCCUGUCCCUUGCAGGCCUGGAGCCACCCAGUGACAGGGAGAUCGAUGGCCUGGACCUGCUCCCUGUCCUCCUACGGGGCCAUCUGAUUGACAGGCCCAUCUUCUAUUACCGUGGCAACGAGCUGAUGGCUGCCACUGUGGGACAGUAUAAGGCCCACUUCUGGACCUGGACCAAUUCCUGGGAGGAGUUCAGACAGGGCAUCAAUUACUGUCCAGGGCAGAACAUCUCGGGAGUCACAACCCACACCCAGGAGGAGCACACGGCACUGCCUCUGCUGUUCCACCUGGGACGAGACCCAGGGGAGCGCUACCCCCUCAGCUUUGCCAGCGCCGAGUACCAGGAUGCCCUCCUCAGGAUUACCCCGGCUGUCCGGCAGCACCGUGAGGCCCUGGUGCCCGGCCAGCCCCAGCUCAACGUGUGCAACCCAGCUGUCAUGAACUGGGCGCCCCCGGGCUGUGAAAAACUAGGGAAGUGUCUGACGCCCCCGGAGUCUGCCCCUGAGAAGUGCUCCUGGCCCCAUUAGCACCUGCUGAACCCAGGCCAGUGCCCAGGGUGGGAAGGCUCUGCCUGCCUGGGUCCAAAGCUGCCCUGCCCUGCACUCCCAAGGCCAGCAGAGGACCGGCAAGGCUGCAGAUGCCCGGGACCUGGCCCUGAAACCAGUGGCCACACCUCGGCCCUCCUCCUCGCUGGCCUGACCCGCCGUCACAGGACAUCUGCACCGGCCUCCAUCCUGGUUCUCCCUGCACAUGGCCCACCACCUUGGGCUGGCUGUGUCCAAACCAUCCCUCCUCCUAGAACCCGCAGGGUCAGAGUCACUCACCGCAUCUUUCUUCCUCUUGUAUUUCAGCCCCAGUGUUGAGGGCACACUGCCAACGCUUACGUUGAGAUCCUCAGUGCCCUGCCUCCUUGCCUGAACCCCCCAUGCCUUACCUGCACCACCCAUAGGGGAAUGAAUGUGGAGAGAGUGAGGACAGGGAGGAAGGCAGCACCCCCUGCCUCCACCCAGUAGGGUGCUGAUGUUCCUGCUUCCUUCAUGUCCUGCCUACCUUUGGGACCUAAAGCAGGCCUGGCCAAAGCACCACUGUGAGGCCAUGUUGGCUGUCUACAGGGCCAGCCACCUGCCCUCACUCUUCCUCAGCAGCCGGGUGGUAGACAGGACAGUGACCAGGAGUGUUGUAUCUCCAAGUACACCCCCCCCCCCGAGGGCUGGAGGAGGACUUUCUCAUGCUGUGAUUGUGCCAAAGAGAAACUUGGGAAAUCAUGAAGAAAACAGUUUUAGAAUAAAACAGCCCAAGGCAUUUUCGCUCUGUCA